AAUAGGAGAAAAUGUCAUGAAUUUAUUUCAUCCAUUCAUCACACAUCAACACUCCCAUCUAAAAUGCACCACACUACAUCCAACCGUAGUUUGUAGAACCAACGAACCGUACCUGUACUUGUAGGCCAAACGGUUCCUCGACCCGUCGUCGAUCUUCCAUAGUGACAUCGAUGAGGCCAUGCAGCGUAUCUCGCUGUCGAUUCAAAUUCUCAAGUACUUCCGUACCGUUUACGACGAAUACAAAGACAACAUCGCUCCGUUCUUUAAAGACCGCCCUGUGGUCAACUGGACUUUCCAUCCGAACGCCGUUUUUGAGAGAUUCAACGCGUUCCUCGAACGACUGUUCACCAUCCAGUGGUUCUUUAAUACGGUGAUCGAAUUUCUCAAGCUUGAGAAAGUUGAAAUCGGUGGCCUGAAGGGGCGGGCACUGAGCGCACGCAUCACGGGCGUUUCCGUCGAGUUCAACCAGUGCUUCUCGGUGUUCGCCUCGAAAACCUACGACGUGUUGGAUCCGGACGAUCCGACAUUCAAGGAGGACUUUGUCAAGUUCCAAGAUCGGAUUCUGGAGCUUGACUUAAAACUGGCAGCCAUUCUAUGCCAGGCGUUCGAUGACUGUCACAAUUUGGAAAGCGUUUUCAAGCUGAUCAGCAUAGUUGGAACAGUGCUGGAUCGCCCGAAGAUCCGAGAAGAAUUCACCGGCAAGUACCGCCAGAUAUUGUACAUGAUCGACGAAGAGCUUAGCACUUGCGAGGAUAUCUUCGACAUGCAAAUGGAGUACCAUCGCAAGGACGGCCACAUUUUCGUCGAUCGAAGUGCUCCUCCGGUAACGGCUUGUCUCCGCUGGGUCCUACAACUCACCAACCGGAUCACUAAGCCGAUCAAGCAGUUUCAGACUUUGCAGCACCCGGUCGUUCAAUCGGACGAAGGCUUAAUGUUGGUAAUCCGAUACGACGAGCUAAUUGAGAAAUUGCAGGCUUUCGAAAGAUCGAUCUUCGACGCAUGGGCAGAAACCGUCGAUGAAACAAUCGAAGAAAAUCUUGACAAGCCGUUGAUUGUUAGGAGGCGUAAUUGCGCAGAACUGGCGUUGAACUUCAGUCCACAUCUGUCCUCGAUUCUGCGAGAAGUUCACUAUCUUCGGUUGAUGGAAAAAGAGGGCAUUCCAGAACGAGGAUUGGAGUUUUCGGAGAAGAGCGAUAUAUACCGUUCGUACACAUUGAAUCUGGAGAAAACUGUAGAAUGGUAUAACAAAAUUAGACGCAAUUGCACCGAAGUAGAGCUGGAGCUGAUCAAGGGUGAGAUAAAAGUAAUCGACGAACUUCUCGAGAGGGCGAUCAACGAACUUACGUGGAACUCUGAAGGUGUCACCGAGUACAUGAUGAAAAUUCGUAAUCCAGUUGAGCAACUGCAAGGUCGCAUGCAAAACAUACAGCAAAAUCUGAAGGAAAUUCGAACGAUAAUGGCAUCUUGGGCAAAGGCACCAUUGUUCGAGAGGAAGGAUUCCAAGAAGGAUACCGUGCUGUGUUUGGAGGAGCGCAAUGAUCGUAAAACGAAACGAUAUGCCGAGUUGGAAGCUGCUGCAAUUAAGGUCCAUCAAUUGCUUGACGCGAAUAUGCAUCUGUUUGGAAUGGACGAAACACAGGAAGAUGAUAACUGGAUUAAAUAUGUUAAAUUUGUAGAUAAUAUUGUUUACGAUAGCUUGCUGUUUAUGAUUGGUAUCAGUAUGGGAUACUUGGUGGAGAACAUGGAUCCAAACAAUAACCUGGCACCGCUAUUUGAAUCCAGAUUAGAAUUAUUAGAACCGGAAUUGGUGUUUGUUCCGUCACUCAAUCCAACUGACCCAAAUGGUUUCAACUUUUUGCUGGCCGCAUUGGUUACCGAUAUUACUUUUAUGUCCUCGUUGAUCCCGAGACUGCUGAAAAAUGCAGAUGAAUCGUAUGAUCAAAAAAUAACGAACAACACCGACAUUCAAGAUAUGAAGGUUGAAAUUCUGCAAGGUGUCGACAGAGUGAUUCAAGAAGCAGCUCAAUUCUGCCGGGAUUUUGAACGAUAUAGCUACCUAUGGCUAGAGGACCGCGAAUUCAGCAUGGAAGUAUUCUUGGAGUACGGACGGCAGUUGGAAGCUGACGAAUUGGAAAUGAUCUCUAACAAAGAUCCAGAUGCCCCUCAGCCCUGUCCACCAACAAUUGAAGCUUUUCGAGAGCAAAUUGAUCAUUAUGAAUCUUUAUAUUUAGAAAUAGAGAAGAUAGAACCUUUUCAGAUUUUCAACGCGUGGUUCCAAGUAGAUGUUAGACCUUUCCGUCAGUCACUGUUGAACAUCGUCCGAAAGUGGGGCAACAUGUUUAAGGAUCACCUCGUUACCAACGUCACAUAUAGUCUUACGGAUUUGGGCAAAUUCAUAAGGAAGGCAGACGAAGGUCUGCUACAGGUUGUGAAGGAAGGCGACUACGAUGGAUUAGUCAACAUUAUGGCUUACCUAUUGCACGUUAAAGAACGCACCGCCACCACUGACGAGAUGUUCGAGCCAAUGAAGGAGACCAUUGAGCUACUGAAAUACUACGACAUGGAUAUCCCAGAAGAGGUCAAUGUGUAUCUGCAAGAACUACCGGAACAGUGGGCCAAUACCAAAAAGAUUGCACUCACUGUUAAGCAGCAAGUUGCCCCCCUGCAGGCAAACGAAGUUGUCGGCAUCCGAAAUAAGAUAGCCGCAUUCGAUCUGCACAUUACCCUGUUCAGGGAUAUCUUCCGAACGUACGAGUUCUUCAAGUAUGAUUGUGGCUUCCCAUACAACUUGUUGAAUCGUAUCAACGGAGACAUGGAACGUUUGGAGAAGGACAUGUCAGACAUUCACGAAUCGGGUAGCCUGUUUGAAGUGCCGGUGCCGGAAUUCAAACUACUGAAGCAGUGCCGCAAGGAGAUGAAAAUGUUAAAGCAACUGUGGGAUUACGUGUUUAUUGUACGUACCAGCAUUGAGGAUUGGAAAACGACUCCCUGGCGAAAGGUUGACGUCGAGAACAUGGACAUUGAGUGUAAAAAGUUUGCCAAAGAUAUCCGUCUGCUGGACAAGGAAAUGCGACCAUGGGACACCUACAUGACCCUGGAGGCUACAGUGAAAAAUAUGCUGACUUCACUGAGAGCUGUAGGUGAACUGCAGAAUCCAGCAAUUCGUGAGCGUCACUGGAAUCAAUUGAUGUCAUCGACGAAGAGUUUAGCUAAUCUGCCGCCAGAGAUUACAGUCCAAUUCAUUAUGGACAAAAAUACGACCCUGUCGGAUCUUCUUGCGUUGAACCUACACGAAUGCGAAGAAGAGGUCAAAAACAUCGUUGACAAAGCCGUUAAGGAAAUGUCCAUGGAGAAGAUUCUUCGUGAUUUGAACACCACAUGGUCAAUAAUGGAAUUCGAGCACGAGAUUCACCCACGUACUGGUUGUUCCUUGCUCAAGGCCUCUGAAGAACUUAUCGAAACCCUCGAAGAAAAUCAGGUGGUCCUGCAAAACUUGAUGACCUCCAAGUUUGUUGCACACUUCCUCGAGGAAGUUUCCGGCUGGCAGAAGAAGCUGACCACCGCUGACCAGGUUAUCACCGUAUGGUUUGAAGUCCAGCGAACCUGGACUCAUCUGGAGUCGAUCUUCAUGAGCUCGGAAGAUAUCCGAAAGCAGCUACCCGUCGAUUCGGCUAGAUUCGAUCGAAUCGAUGCCGAUUUCAAAGUAAUGAUGGAAGAAAUGUCCAAAACAUCGAACGUCAUUCAUGCUACUAAUCGCGAUGGGCUAUGCGAGAAACUCGACGAGCUGCAAAGUCAGCUGACUCUGUGCGAGAAAGCACUGGCAGAAUAUUUGGAAACGAAACGACUGUACUUCCCUAGGUUCUACUUUGUAUCGUCUGCCGAUUUGUUGGAUAUUUUGAGCAACGGUAACCGCCCGGAAGUGGUCUGCAAACAUCUUACAAAGCUGUUCGAUUCUAUAGCAAAGCUUAAAUUCCAAGCCGAGCCUGAUGGGUCUACGAAAUUCUCCCUUGGCAUGAUAGCCAAGGAUACCGAAUAUGUCAAAUUUUACGAACUGUGUGGCUGCACUGGACCGGUCGAAGUCUGGUUGAACCAAGUGCAAAAAUCGAUGAGAUCGUCACUUCGAAGUUACAUCGCCGAAGCUGUCGUAGCCUACGAAGAAAAACAACGCGAACACUGGCUGUUCGACUACCCGGCGCAGGUCUCACUUUGCGGAACGCAAAUCUGGUGGACAACCGAGGUCAAUAUCGCCUUCAGUCGACUUGAGGAAGGCUACGACAACGCCAUCAAGGAUUACUACAAGAAACAAAUCUCUCAACUGAGUACACUGAUCACCCUGCUGCUCGGUGAGCUGACCAGAGGUGAUCGUCAGAAGAUCAUGACCAUCUGUACCAUUGAUGUCCAUUCUCGAGACGUCGUUAGUAAACUGAUCCAGUCCAAGGUGGAAAGCGCCUCAGCUUUCCAGUGGCAAUCGCAGCUUCGUCACCGUUGGGACGAUAUAGAGAAGGACUGCUUCGCCAAUAUCUGCGAUGCCCAAUUUAUCUACAGUCAUGAAUAUCUCGGAAACACACCUCGUUUGGUGAUCACUCCGUUGACCGAUCGAUGCUAUAUCACGCUGACGCAAUCUCUACAUUUGGUCAUGGGAGGGGGUCCAGCAGGACCAGCUGGUACAGGAAAGACCGAAACUACCAAGGAUCUUGGUCGAGCUCUGGGAAUCAUGGUCUACGUAUUCAACUGCUCCGAACAGAUGGAUUACAAAUCUUGCGGUAAUAUCUACAAAGGGCUGGCGCAAACCGGAGCCUGGGGAUGUUUUGACGAGUUUAACCGAAUCUCCGUGGAAGUGUUGUCCGUGGUUGCUGUUCAAGUUAAAUCUGUACAGGACGCCAUCCGGGACAAGAAAGACAUGUUCAACUUCAUGGGGGAGAUUAUAGCGUGCGUCCCAACGGUAGGAAUAUUCAUCACCAUGAACCCUGGUUACGCAGGUCGUACGGAGUUGCCUGAGAACUUGAAGGCUCUGUUUAGACCGUGCGCUAUGGUUGUUCCUGACUUCGAACUGAUUUGUGAGAUCAUGCUGGUAGCAGAAGGUUUCCAGGAUGCCCGAGUGCUCGCUAGGAAGUUCAUUACCCUGUACACACUGUGUAAAGAACUGCUUUCGAAGCAGGAUCACUACGAUUGGGGCUUGCGGGCUAUCAAAUCCGUACUUGUCGUCGCUGGAUCACUCAAGCGUGGAGACCCAGGACGCCCGGAAGAAGAAGUGUUAAUGCGAGCGCUUCGUGAUUUCAAUAUUCCCAAAAUUGUCACCGACGACAUGCCUGUGUUCAUGGGCUUGAUUGGUGACCUGUUCCCAGCUCUCGAUGUCCCCAGGAAGCGUGACAUGGAGUUCGAGAAAACGGUGAAGCAGGCUACGCUGGAUCGUGCCUUGCAACCAGAAGACAACUUUAUUCUGAAGGUUGUUCAGCUUGAGGAACUUCUAGAAGUUCGACACUCCGUAUUCAUUGUGGGUAAUGCAGGUACCGGCAAGACACAAGUUUGGAAGACCCUAUACAAAACCUAUCAAAACAUGAAAAAGAAACCAACUUUUGACGAUCUAAAUCCGAAGGCUGUCACCAAUGACGAACUCUUCGGAAUCAUCAACCCAGCCACCAGAGAGUGGAAAGACGGUCUUUUCUCGGUCAUCAUGCGGGAGCAGGCUAGCCUAACGGGGGAUAAUCCCAAGUGGAUUAUUCUCGAUGGUGACAUCGAUCCCAUGUGGAUUGAAAGUUUGAACACUGUGAUGGAUGACAAUAAGGUUCUGACCUUAGCUUCUAAUGAGCGUAUUGCUCUAACACCCUACAUGCGUCUGAUAUUCGAGAUAUCGAACUUGAGAACGGCCACUCCGGCUACCGUAUCGCGAGCUGGUAUUCUUUACAUAAACCCUCAGGACUUGGGAUGGAACCCGUAUGUAACGAGCUGGAUCGAAACUCGAACAAUUCCCGCCGAAAAGUCCAAUUUGGUCAUCCUGUUCGACAAAUACAUUCCAGCCUGUCUGGAUAACAUACGAACACGUUUCAAGAAGAUUACCCCGGUUGCCGAGAUGGCCCACAUACAAAUGCUGUGUCACUUAUUGGAGUGUCUUUUGAUCCCAAUCAAUACUCCCGCUGAUUGUCCGAAGGAGUGGCAUGAUCUAUAUUUUGUGUUCUCAUGCGUUUGGGCAUUCGGUUCAGCUAUGUUCCAAGACGCGGCUAUUGACUAUCGCGUUGAGUUUAGCAAAUGGUGGGUCAAUGAGUUCAAAACUGUCAAGUUUCCACCCACUGGAACCGUAUUCGACUACUUCAUCGACACCGAAACCAAACACUGGACCCCAUGGACGGAGAUACUUCCCAAAUUUGAAAUGGACUGCGAUCAGCCACUGCAGGCCGUACUAGUCCAUACGUCCGAAUCGAUUCGCUUAAGAUUCUUUCUCGAUUUGUUGAUGGAUCGUGCGCAUCCUGUAAUGCUUGUUGGUAUUGCGGGUUGUGGCAAAACGGUCGUCGUCAACGAAAAAUUGGCAAAUUUAUCGGAGAAUUUUGCCAUCGCGAACAUCCCUUUCAAUUUCUACACCUCCUCUGAGAUGCUUCAAAAAGUUAUGGAGAAACCAUUAGAAAAGAAAGCGGGUCGUAACUACGGUCCUCCCGGAAGCAAAACGCUAAUCUACUUUAUCGACGACAUGAACAUGCCUGAGGUGGAUGCCUACGGAACGGUUCAACCUCAUACACUGAUUCGACAGCAUAUGGACUACAGCCAUUGGUACGAUCGGAACAAACUUACGCUAAAAGAUAUUCACAAUUGUCAGUACGUCUCGUGUAUGAAUCCCACCUCGGGUAGUUUUACAAUCAAUCCCCGGUUGCAACGUCAUUUUUGUGUAUUCGCUGUGAGCUUUCCCGGCUCUGAGGCUGUUACCACCAUCUAUCAUUCGAUCCUUCUCCAGCACUUUGCGAAUGCGGAACAGAAAUUCAACAUAGCUGUAACUAAAAUAUCACAAAAUAUUGUCGCAGCAAGUUUGGCUCUGCACUCUAAAGUGGCACAAGUGUUUCUCCCGACGGCCAUCAAGUUCCAUUACGUUUUCAACCUACGUGACUUGACAAACGUUUUCCAGGGACUUCUUUUCAGUACCAACGAUUGCCUAGUAACAUCGAACGACUUUAUUCGUCUAUGGCUACACGAAACACAACGAGUCUACGGGGAUAAACUACUGGAUGACAAGGAUAUCGACAGCUUCACCAAAAUGCAGAACGACUUGGUGAAGAAAUCCUUUGAGGAAAUUGAUGAAUCGAUUGUGUUCGAUAAACCGAACAUCUACUGUCACUUCGCCGGAGGUAUCGGUGAACCGAAGUACAUGCCCAUCACGGACUGGGGUGUACUAACAAAACUACUGCAGGAAGCGAUGAUGUCCUACAACGACCUUAUAGCUGCAAUGAAUCUGGUUCUUUUCGAGGAUGCCAUGAUGCAUGUUUGCAGAAUCAACAGAAUCCUUGAAUCUCCUCGUGGAAGCGCCCUACUAGUUGGCGUAGGUGGUAGUGGAAAGCAAUCCCUAAGCCGUUUAGCAGCUUUUAUCUCUAGUUUAGAAGUGGCGCAAAUUCAACUGAAGAAAGGAUACAGCGUAGCUGACCUGAAGAAUGAGCUAUCCGGAUUGUAUCUAAAGGCAGGGCUGAAGAACGUCGGUAUCAUGUUUUUGAUGACAGACGCCCAAGUGUCCAGCGAAAGCUUCUUGGUCAUCAUCAACGAUCUACUUUCAUCUGGCGAAAUCCCAGACCUGUUCCCAGAUGAUGAAGUGGAAAACAUCAUUUCCGGAGUUCGCAAUGAAGUCAAAGGUGCCGGUCUUGUUGAUACACGCGAGAACUGUUGGAAGUUCUUCAUCGAUCGCGUUCGACGGCAGCUCAAAGUUGUACUAUGCUUCUCGCCUGUCGGUGUUACUCUACGUGUACGUUCGCGCAAAUUCCCAGCGAUUAUUACUUGUACUCAAAUCAAUUGGUUCCACGAGUGGCCGCAGGAAGCUUUGAUGUCCGUGUCGUUGCGGUUCCUACAAGAGUUGACGAUUCUACCGGGCGAUUGCAAGGACUCAAUUGCACGAUUCAUGGCUUAUGUACACACCUCGGUCAACUCAAUGUCAAAAGUCUAUUUGCAAAACGAACGUCGAUACAACUACACAACACCCAAGUCUUACCUUGAGCAGAUUAGCUUGUACGACAAGCUACUGAAGGAGAAACACGGCGAACUUCGGAAGAAGGUUGAACGAUUGGAAAAUGGUCUGGAAAAACUUCGUACAACCGCUGAUCAAGUCGCCACACUAAAACAGAAACUGGCAAUUCAGGAAGUCGAGUUGCAAGAGAAGAACGAUGCCGCUGAUGCUCUUAUAGAAAUGGUUGGAGUAGAAACCGAUAAGGUUCAAACCGAGAAGGCAAUAGCCGAUGAAGAAGAGCAGAAGGUGGCCGUCAUUGCGAAGGAAGUAGCUAAAAAACAACGUGAUUGCGAAGAGGAUCUCGUUAAAGCAGAGCCGGCACUGAUUGCGGCCCAGGAAGCUUUGAACACCCUCAACAAGGCCAAUCUAACUGAGUUGAAGUCGUUCGGCUCGCCUCCUGGUGCUGUGACCAACGUGACAGCGGCCGUCAUGGUUCUGCUGGCACCGAACGGCAAAAUUCCGAAAGAUCGCAGCUGGAAAUCGGCCAAGAUCACAAUGGCGAAAGUAGACAGUUUCCUCGACAUGUUGAUCAAUUAUGACAAGGAGCACAUACACCCUGAGAUUAUAAAAGCUAUUCAACCGUACCUCAAGGAUACAGAGUUCGAUCCCGACUUCGUGCGGUCCAAAUCGGCGGCAGCAGCAGGUCUCUGCGCCUGGGUCAUCAACAUCAUCAAAUUCUACGACGUUUUCUGUGAUGUUGAGCCCAAACGAAAAGCGUUGGCAGCGGCCAAUGCUGAACUUACAGCUUCGCAAGAAAAGUUGGCAAACAUCAAGAAGAAGGUUGCUUCCCUGGAGGAACAACUUGCAAAGCUGACUGCGGAUUUUGAAAAGGCUACCGCCGACAAGCUUCGCUGUCAACAGGAAGCAGAUGCUACACAAGCCACAAUUCAAUUGGCCAAUCGACUUGUUGGUGGUCUGGCCAGUGAGAACGUCCGUUGGGCUGAGGCAGUGGCUGAGUUCAUGCAACAAGCCACAACACUACCGGGAGAUAUUUUGCUGAUAACGGCGUUCAUCUCAUACGUCGGUUGUUUCACGAAACAGUUCCGAAUGGACUUACUCAACAAGAUGUGGUUACCCUUUUUGCGCGCCCUGGAACCAGGCAUCCCAAUUACGGACAGCCUCGAUCCACUGAGAUUGCUAACUGACGACACUCAGAUUGCGACUUGGCAAAAUGAAGGUUUGCCGAGCGAUCGCAUGUCCAUCGAAAAUGCUACGAUUUUAUCCAACUCCGAUCGGUGGCCGUUGAUGAUCGAUCCGCAGCUACAGGGAAUCAAGUGGAUCAAGCAAAAAUACGGCGAAGCCUUGAAGGUUAUUCGUUUGGGAAGCAAGGGCUAUCUCGAGGUAUUGGAGAAGGCGUUGGCUAAAGGGAGUACCGUACUUAUUGAAAACAUCGGAGAAAAUGUGGACCCUGUCCUGAACCCUCUGUUGGGAAGGAAUCUGAUCAAAAAAGGAAGGGCCAUCAAGAUAGGAGACAAAGAAGUGGAAUAUAACCACAGUUUUAGAUUGAUCCUACAUACCAAACUUGCUAAUCCGCAUUACCAACCCGAAAUGCAAGCGCAAACCACUUUGAUCAACUUUACCGUAACCAAAGACGGUCUCGAAGACCAACUUUUAGCUGAAGUCGUCAAAGCCGAACGUCCCGAUCUUGAGGAACUCAAAGCAGACCUUACCAAGCAGCAAAACGACUUCAAAAUUAUGCUCAAGAAAUUAGAAGACGACCUCCUUUCGCGUCUAUCCUCAGCUGGUGGCAACAUCCUAGGCGACACAGCACUGGUAGAGAACCUGGAAACUACCAAGAAAACGGCUGCGGAAAUCGAGGAGAAGGUCACCGAAGCUAAGAUAACAUCGAAGGAGAUUGAUGAAGCUCGAGAACACUACCGACCAGCAGCUGCCCGUGCCAGCUUGCUUUACUUCAUCUUGAACGAUCUGAAUACCAUCAAUCCGAUCUAUCAAUUCUCGCUGAAAGCAUUCAGCGUAGUCUUUCAAAAUGCUAUUUCAAGAGCUGAACCUGCAGACACCGUCCCAUCCAGAGUCAACAACUUGAUCGAUUGCAUAUCGUUCUCAGUUUUUCAGUACACCACUCGAGGGUUAUUCGAAUGUGACAAACUUAUUUUCAUGUCUCAGAUGACAUUCCAGAUUUUGAUGAUUCGCGAGGAGAUCACACCUGCGGAGCUAGAUUUCCUCUUGCGUUUCCCCAUCAAGCCCCACGUGACUUCACCGGUAGAUUUCCUAACCAACACUGCAUGGGGUGGAAUUUGCAGCUUGGCUUCCAAGGACGAAUUCCGUAACCUAGAUCGUGAUAUAGAAACAUCAUCCAAACGCUGGAAAAAGCUAAUCGAGUCGGAAUGCCCGGAGAAGGAAAAGUUCCCACAAGAGUGGAAGAAUAAAACGGCUCUGCAGAGACUUUGCAUGAUGCGUGCUCUGCGACCGGAUCGGAUGACCUACGCAAUGACAGAUUUCAUCGAGGAAAAACUUGGCUCCCAUUACGUCGAGAAUCGUACGAUGGAAUUCGCAAAGUCAUUUGAAGAGACUAGCCCUUCUACGCCGAUAUUCUUCAUUCUGUCACCGGGUGUCAAUCCGCUGAAGGAUGUAGAAGCCUUGGGCAAACAGUUAGGCUACUCUGCAGACAACGACAACUUCUAUAACGUUUCCCUAGGACAAGGUCAAGAGGUGGUUGCCGAGGCAGCCAUGGAUAAAGCAGCAACCUCCGGACACUGGGUUGUACUGCAGAACAUCCAUCUGGUUAAGAAAUGGCUGCCUUCACUGGAGAAGAAACUUGAAUAUUACUCGGAGGGAUCGCACGAAAACUACCGUAUCUUUAUGAGUGCGGAGCCAGCAGCCACUCCAGCAGCUCACAUAAUUCCCCAAGGUAUCCUGGAGUCAUCGAUCAAGAUCACCAACGAACCACCCACUGGAAUGCAGGCUAAUCUGCAUAAAGCACUGGACAACUUCACACAAGAAACGCUGGAAAUGUGUGGCAAAGAGGCUGAAUUUAAAGUCAUUCUCUUUUCGCUUUGCUACUUCCAUGCCGUUGUUGCCGAAAGGCGUAAAUUCGGUCCCCAAGGAUGGAACAAAACAUAUCCUUUCAACGUAGGAGAUUUGAACAUCUCCGUCUCCGUCUUGUACAACUACUUGGAGGCAAAUACCAAAGUUCCAUGGGAGGAUCUCCGCUAUCUGUUUGGUGAAAUUAUGUACGGCGGUCACAUUACCGACGAUUGGGAUCGCCGGACGUGUAUAACAUACUUGGAAGAACUUAUGCAACCGGACUUAGUUGACGGCGAACUGUUUCUCGCUCCAGGAUUCGCCGCUCCCCCGAAUACUGACUAUGUGGGCUAUCAUGCUUACAUAGACGAUGCAAUGCCUCCAGAGUCUCCGUAUCUGUAUGGACUACACCCGAACGCAGAAAUCGGCUUCCUGACCACAACGUCGGAGAACCUGUUCCGAACUGUUUUCGAAAUGCAGCCUCGAGACGCCGGCGCUGGAUCCGGUACAACGGUAACCCGAGAAGAUAAGGUAAAACAGAUACUGGAUGAGAUUAUGGAGAAACUUCCGGAGGAAUUCAACAUGGCUGAGAUCAUGGGAAAGGUAGAGGAACGUACCCCCUAUGUGGUGGUUGCGUUCCAGGAGUGCGAACGAAUGAACUACCUGACCGGAGAGAUGAAGAGGAGCCUGAAGGAAUUGGAUCUCGGUAUGAAGGGCGAGCUGACGAUCACGUCCGACAUGGAGGAUUUAGAGAAUUCACUGUUCUUGGACCAAGUGCCAGUGAUCUGGGCUGCCCGCGCUUACCCGUCGCUGUUGGGUCUGACCGGCUGGUUUGUCGAUUUGUUGCUAAGACUGCGCGAGUUGGAAACCUGGUCGGCAGAUUUUGUCCUUCCAACAUCUGUUUGGCUGGCAGGGUUUUUCAAUCCGCAAUCCCUGCUGACUGCUAUUAUGCAGUCAACGGCCAGAAAGAAUGAACUUCCGCUGGACAAAAUGUGUCUGCACUGCGACGUCACUAAGAAGCAAAAGGAUGAUUUCACAGCUGGACCAAGGGAAGGAGCAUACGUGCACGGAAUAUUCAUGGAAGGAGCCCGUUGGGACAUCCAACAGGGCAUAAUAAUGGAAUCAAAACUUAAGGAAUUAUACCCACAAAUGCCUGUGAUCAAUAUUCGGGCACUUACCCAGGAUAAACAAGAUCUACGUAACAUGUAUGAGUGUCCCGUGUAUAAGACCCGAACCAGAGGACCCACCUACAUCUGGACAUUCAAUUUGAAAACCAAAGACAAACCGGCUAAAUGGACUCUGGCCGGCGUAGCACUGUUACUACAAGUUUAAAAAAUAUUUUGCAAAAUGUUAGGCUACGGUGAUUAUGCAUAUUCUAUAAUGUGUUGUGUUUGAGAUUUUUACUUGCACUCCGUUUGUUCUCUUCUAUGUAUUUCAAACCACCGAUGAGAGUUUAUAAUCGUUUAAUUUAUACCAGAGAAAAUCUAUAAAAAAAAUGUGUUGAUUGUAAAAUCAUUGUAACAUCAUAAUAAAAUCAAUUGCACCCAUUCCACACUGCAACGAAAGAACCAGGUU